UUAACAGAUGAAGAAGAAGAAGAAGAAGAAUGACUGUUUUCUGAUUAAAAAGCAUUUCUGCACUUCCUUCAUUAACUUUUCUGGAGAAAAGAUUCCGUAAUGUGGGACUGAUAAUGUCGAAAGAGGUGAUUAGAAAUGAAACUGAAAACCAAACGCUGAUGAAAGAAAGAAAAGUCCGCCUUUGUGGUCCAGCUGGUCAGAUGAGAGAAACAUUCCAGCAUUGAGGCUUAAAAGAGAGGAUGAGGGCAACUCAGUGGGGCACUGUGACUUCAACCGCACUGAAGACUUUCUGUUUCUGAAACGAGCUUCCCGAUGCUGAUGGAUCCACGUGUGCUGAGAUCAUCUGCUGUCGGUGUGCUGCUGCUCACGCUGCAGCUCAGCGUCAGCGCUGCCGGCCUGGGGGAACAUCUGGCUCAGUGUCUGAAGGACAAAGACUACGACGAGCUGCUGCACACGGCCAAGACCGGCCUCCCCCACUGCAACACUUCUCACCGCGUCGCCAUCGUCGGGGCCGGCGUGGCCGGACUGACCGCCGCCAAGCUCCUGCAAGACGCGGGACACCAGGUGACCAUACUGGAGUCCAGUGGUCGUGUUGGAGGUCGGGUGGAGACCCACAGGAAUGAAGAAGAGGGCUGGUAUGCCGACCUGGGAGCCAUGAGGAUCCCAAGUUCUCAUCGCAUCGUCCGCCAGUUUGCUGCAAAGCUGGGAGUGAAGCUGAACAAGUUCAACAUGGAGGACCCCAACACCUUCUACCUGGUCCACGGGCUGCUGAAGAGGACGUACGCGGUGAAAAACAACCCUGACAUCCUGCAGUAUAAAGUUCCCCGAGGAGAGAGGGGGAAGUCCGCCGACGAGCUGCUGCAGCGCGCUCUGCAGAAGGUGAAAGAUGAAGUGAAGGCGCACGGCUGCGCAGCUGCUCUACGGAAGUACGACCACUACUCUGUGAAGGAGUAUCUGAUGAAGGAAGGCGGCGUGAGUCCGGAGGCGGUGAGGAUGAUCGGGGACCUGCUCAACGAGCAGAGCCUCAUGCAUCUGGCGCUGACUGAGAUGAUCUACAUCCAGAGCGAUGUCAGCGACAGCACCACGUACCUUGAAGUGACCGGCGGGUCGGAUCGCCUGACCAACGGGUUCCUUUCUGUCCUUGACGUCCCCAUCCUGCUCAACUCUAAGGUCAAGCGCAUCAGCCAAUCGCACGAGGGUGUAAUUGUCUCGUAUGAGACGGGCCACCGCGCCCCUCUGACUGACCUUUCUGCUGACGUUGUUCUGGUUACAACCACAGCCAAAGCAGCCCUCUUCAUGGAUUUUGAUCCACCUCUCUCCAUCAGAAAGAUGGAAGUCCUGAGAGGGGUCCACUAUGAAAGCUCCACUAAAAUCCUGCUCACCUUCAGCGAGAGGUUCUGGGAGAAGGACGGCAUCCGGGGGGGAAAGAGCAUCACCGACGGGCCCUCGCGUUACAUCUACUACCCCAGCCACGGUUUCCCGACCAAUAAGACCAUCGGCGUCCUCCUGGCUUCCUACACCUGGUCCGACGACUCCCUCCUCCUCUUGGGUGCCAGCGAUGAAGACCUGAAGGAGCUGGCUCUGAGAGAUUUGGCAAAGAUCCACGGGGAGAAGGUCCGGCCUCUGUGCACAGGGGUGCUGGUGAAGAAGUGGAGCGUGGACCCCCACAGUUUGGGCGCCUUCGCUCUCUUCACGCCCUUCCAGCAUUUGGAGUAUUCCAAGGAGCUCUUCAAGCGUGAAGGCAGGGUGCACUUUGCUGGGGAGCACACGGCCUUCCCUCACGCCUGGAUCGAGACGUCCAUGAAAUCUGCCAUCAGGGCCGCCACCAAAAUCAACCAGGACCCACCCAGAAGCCACCACGACGAGCUCUAGCGCUCGACCCUCCUGCUGUGAGAGGGAGGCUCACUGGGACCGUUCUUCGUUCGACUGGAUAUGAAACUGUUUAUUAUGUCAACAGCAUUCAAGUCACACAGUAAUUAAACCCACACAACACAAGAGACGGUCAGAUGUUCUUCAAUAUGUCAAUGAACCACACGGGGUGAGAACCAGUGUUUGAAAUGGAAUAACUGGUGAUGUUUGUGUGUCUGAUCCGUUACAAUGCAGGAGGAGUGGAAGGCAAACAAGUAUCUAUGCAGUUCUUAUCAAUCAUUCCCAAAGCUUCAUUGUAUAUAUAUAUA